AUGUGCUAUCGCAGAUUGCACAGCUGUUCGAUCCAGCGGGAUGGCUUUGUCAUCCAAGCCAAAAUUUUCAUGCACGAAAUUUGGCUAAGAGAGUUAGGGUGGGAUGACGUCCUCCCUAGCGAUCUAUCUCAAACCUGGGAGACGUUCCUGAAUAGUUUUCCGGCCAUCCAGGAUGUCCGCAUUCCGCGGUGGUUGCACGUUUGUCCAAUGGCCAAGGUGCAGAUACAUGGCUUCUGCGACGCGUCUCAACGUGCCUAUGGGGCAGCGAUUUACAUCCGAGUUGAGCGACCGCAGGGCAUUGUCUGUGCCCUUCUCACAGCUAAAACCCGCGUGGCCCCCAGCUUUCCGAGGCCAUCCUUCCACAACUGCCACUGGACACCAGCCAAGUAUCCUUCUGGACCGAUUCCACGAUUGUGUUGGCUGAACCGACCUGCAUGCGAUUGGACCACUUUCGUGGGCAAUCGAGUAGCCCAAAUCACUCGAUGUUGGCCCAGCGAGCGAUGGAGCCACGUCCGAUCCGAGGACAAUCCGGCCGACCUGGCCAGUCGAGGGCUAGGACCCUCUGACCUGGCUGGAAGUGAUAUGUGGUGGCAUGGCCCUGCUUGGUUGCGUGGUCCAAAAUCGGAGUGGCCAUGUCCGCGGGACUCAGUCCUUGAGACUGACCUGGAGAAGCGUGUCGUCAAGCUGCACCAUGCCACCAGCAGCGCCUCCGAAAUCCUCAGCCGUUUCUCCGACCUAGGGCGCGCUGUGCGCGUGAUCGCCUACGUUCGGCGGUUCACUCAGCGAGUUAAAGGGCAGACGACCCAUGUCUCCAAGGAGCUGAACGGAAAUGAGGUCGCUGCCGCUCUCCAGGCGGUCACACUGACAACCCAACGCUUCCAUUAUGCUGGGGAGCAUCGGUGCCUGCUAAACAAACAGCCACUCCCUACUACGAGUUCUCUUCUGAAUCUUAAUCCGUUCCUUGACCAGAACGGAGUCAUGCGGGCAUGUGGCCGAGUCCAAGCCUCGGCGUCCAUGUCCUACAACGAACGGCAUCCAAUCCUGUUGCCACCCGCAUGUCUCCUGGUUCGCCUGCUGGUUCGAUUCACCCAUCAUAUAUCGCUACAUGGUGGGAACCAGCUGGUCAUUCGCCUUAUCCGGGCAACAUAUUGGAUCCCUCGACUACGUCACGUAGUGAGGGCAGUGAUUCAUUCUUGUAAGGUUUGCGUCCUCCAUCGUAAACGACUCCAAACCCAACUAAUGGGCGACCUUCCUGCAUCACGAGUCACAUUCUCCAGACCGUUCACAUGCACCGGAGUCGACUUCGCCGGCCCCUUCGACGUUAAAAGCCUCACAGGUCGCGCAUGUCGCAUCUCAAAGGGGUAUGUGUGCGUGUUCGUCUGCUUUUUCACGAAGGCCAUCCACUUAGAGGCCACGUCCGACUUAUACACCGACACCUUCCUAGCCGCCUUCGCUCGUUUCGUAGCGAGACGAGGGUGUCCUCAUGAAGUUCAAUCCGACAACGGCAGGAAUUUUGUCGGCGCGUCCCGCUCUCUGGCUGUGGAUCUUCUCGUGGCAAUUCACACUCGGACUUCUGCGGUGUACAGCCAGCAGGGGCUAUCGUGGCGGUUUAUCCCUCCCGGAGCCCCACAUAUGGGGGCCUUGUGGGAAGCAGGUGUGAAGAGCUUCAAGGCUAUGUUACAACGGUCGAUGUCGUCGAGAAGAGGCUCCGAGCAGUCCUCCUGCAUAAAUAUUGCUCGAACUGCCUGGCUCACGAGCACUCGGGCAAGGACUGCCGCAGUGGAGAUCUAUGUAAGGUGUGCUCCCGGAACCACCACACUCUGCUCCACCUGCCCGGGUCGCGGCGCCCUGCUGGCUCCUCUUCGGCUCCGUCGACUUCACCUCCGUCUUCCCGCGCCAAACCACGCCCUCGUCUUCCGGUCAGCCGCCCUGUCGUCGGAAAUCCAGUCCCGACAGCAAACUCCUUGCUCCAGCACCGGAGCAUCAACGUCCUCCCGACGGCAAUGGUGGUCCUCGCAGGCACUAAGGUGA